GUGCGUAGUCGCCUUCUUUAUUUAAAAUAUUAGCUCAAUUUUAGUACGUAAGGGUGUUAGGUGUUAGGUGUUUUAUCAAAGUUCGAAAUGGGUUCUCAUGUGGACUUUGGUAACUCUGUUUUAAUAGAAUUACCAAGAUUUAGUGGUCCAUAUUUCAGAAAGGACUUUGUUACCGCUUUAAGAGACAUCAUCGAAACAAAGGACAUUAUUGGAAUAGGUCCACUGCAGUUCAAAUCGAAAUGGAUAAUCACCUUAAAGACAAAAAAGGUAAGAGAUGCUAUUUUAAACUUAGAAGAAAUUGAGGUGUCCGGUAGUAAAGGAAAAAUUAAGCCAGUUAUAGACGAAAUAAUAGAGGGAAAAAUACACUGGCUCCCGUUGGAAAUACCCGAUAUAUAUAUACAAAAAGUCUUAGAGAAAUUCGCUGAGAGCCUUGAAAUAAGUAGAGAACUUAGCAUAGAAGAAGGCCUUGAACACAUAUUCAACGGGAAAAGAAUAAUUAAGUUUAAGUUAAAGAAAGGAAUGCAACUAGACAUGAUUCCGCAUACAGUGUCGAUAUGUAACUUUAACGUAUUAAUAGUGCUAAAAAACCGACCCCCACGGUGCCUACGAUGUGGAGAAAAUGGACAUAUAAAAAAAAGAUGUACGGCGCCAUUUUGCACUAAAUGCAAAAGCUUUAGACAUGACACUAUAUCGUGUACUGGACCGACAUAUGCCACUCGCCUGAGGGGAGGCUUAACCAAUAACAAAGACGAUACCCAAAACUGCCAGAAGCAAGUAGAGGGGACGAACAAAAGAGAAGAAACGAAUGAGAAGGGUGGCGAAUGCACCGCGGAAGUAUCGAACAAAAGAGAGGAAACGAAUGAGGGGUGUAGUGAAUGCCCCGCAGAAGUGUCGAAGCAGCAGGAGGCAAACGAACAAAGUAAGAUAAACGAAUAUAUAACAUCACAAAAUAAAAGAAAAACGAGAAGAAACACAAAGAACGCAAAUGCCCAACAAAAGCAGAAAGAACCCGAUACAAACGAAGGGAGCGAAACCGACACUAAUAGCAACGAAAAUAAGGAACGAAAUAUACCCGGGAAAAAGAAAAAAACACAGUUAGAACAAACAAAACGUACCAAAGAUAGCAAUACCAAAUCGGAACCUUCAAAAGAAGGCGACGAAAAAAGUAUUACAAAAAAAGAAUGCGAGAAGACAUGGUACAUGGAAGAAACAGAUACCGACGAAAAUUAGAAUUGUCCCCUGUAAAACAAUCAUGGCAAUUAACAUAGCCUCUAUUAACAUUAAUGGAUUAAAAAAGAGAGGAACAAAUACGUUUUUAAUGACCAUAAAACAACGGCGUUUUGACCUCGUCUUUAUCCAAGAAACACAUGUAAGCAAUAAAACAGAUGCUACGGGAAUUGCACAAAGACUGUUCCCACUGUACAA